GAGAAAACAAAAAACAGGAAAUUAGCAACUGUUUCCAUGUGAAAAACUAGCUUAAAGACAAAAAAAAAAAAAAAAAAAAUUAAAAGGAAGAGGUGGCAGGUGAUAGCCCAGACAACCCUAUUCAAGUUUAUGAAUGAUCUGCUCCUCAGGACGGCAGGACUUAAUGCAAAUGAGCAGAGAGGAAACUGUCAGCUGCAUUAUGUGCCGGACCAAUCGAAGCACAGCUCCAUCUUGGCUGUGCACUAGACUGCAUUACAAACAGACGGUACCAUCGCUUCAACAGCAGCUUUCCAGACAAGAGGAGUACAAGAAGUGGAGUCUCAAGGAUGGCUUCCAGCCACUGGAACGAAACCACGACCUCUGUUUCGCAGUACCUUGGAUUUCAAGUCCAGAAGAUUUACCCUUUCCAUGACAACUGGAACACUGCCUGCUUUGUCAUCCUGCUCCUGUUCAUAUUUACUGUGCUAUCCUUAGUUGUGCUGGCUUUCCUUUAUGAGGUACUUGACUGCUGCUGCUGUGCAAAGAACAAAACCGUGAAGGACUUGAAAAGCGAACCAAAUCCUCUCAGAAGUAUGAUGGACAACAUCAGAAAACGUGACAGUGAGGUGGUCUAGCCUUCCACAGGAGAUAAACAAAAGCUUUAAAAACAGCCUCUGCCUCUUCUGGGAAAAAUGAAAAUUUCCUGAGGCCAACCUUUAUAACAAAACUGAUCUUACUCUGAAUGGUUAAAAGAUUUCUACUAGUAGAAAAGAAAACAUGUGAAAUGUGCACUCUUGUGUAUGUAUCCUCAUUAAAUAUACAGUGAACUUAGCAGU